UUCCAUCAGGGCGAGUUUUAACCGCAGCUUCAAAAUGCUAUGAAAAAAAAACAGAAAAGAACGGAUAAGAAAUAGAAUAGUUGUAAAAUUGUCUGCAUGUAACUUGUAACGUGCUUAUAAAUAACCUAAUUUAAGUUUAGUGCUUUUAAUUGCAUGGUUUAAACUUUAAAGAAAAGAGAAAAUUUGGUUAUAAAAAAAGAGAUAAUAAUUGAACUAUGAAACAGACAAGGAUAGCACAUAGCAUGACUAAAAUUACUGUGUUCUGGAAGGGUUCUGCCUCUCGAAGCAUUUGUCAUUCAACUUGUCAGUGCAUAUAUGUCAUAUGUUUUAAAUUUUGAAAAACCGUUGGCAAAGACAAAGAUUAUGAACAUAACCAAGCGACUACAAAACUUUGUAAAAUAUGCUGAAACAGGAGAUAUUUCCUAUUUAAAGAAAGAAAUGGAAAGAUUAAAAUUAGAAGGUAAAGAGCCAAUCAAAGAGUCUAAAGAAAAUGUGGAGCCAAAUACUCUAUCCACAUCUGUGUUGCCCAAAAGAACUACAAGACAAAAAACCGCUACACCAGCUGAUGCAACGUUUACAAGCAUACCACAAAUUAGGAUAAAACAAGAAAAGUUUUCGAUGAUUUCUGUAGAUCCCAAACUUCCUAGCUCAGAAACAAAUGAUACUAAUCAACAACCUGAACAGGCUGGAGAAAUGUUAGCACCUACAGCGCUGCCACCUAAGAAAAAGAAAAUUAAGGAAGAACCCGUGGAACCUGUCAAAAGAUCUACUCGUACCAAGACCAAGAAAAUUCUUGAGUAUUCAGAGAUCUGCAAUGGUAAACCUUCAGAUGUAAUGAUUCAAAAUACAACAGUUACAAUGAUUGACAUAACAGAAGACAAGGAAUCUGACAACGAAAAGAGACAAACUAAAAAAGAGACUGCUUCUUUAACUGUGGAAGCUACCACUGAAACAAGAAGUACGAGGACGAAAACAAGACAGAAGAAACAAGCACAAGAAGAAAAGAAACCCGAGGAACUUGCAGUUGAAGCUCCUCAACCUAAGACAAGAAAGAAUAAGAGGAACAACGGCGAAGCAGAGAAGAAGGUCGGAGGAAAAAGAUCAAAAUCUUCAUCUUCAUCAGACAAAGAUGAAAAUAAGAGCGAUUAUGAAGAUGCCGUUUCUAAUUUCGAUCCCUCUGAACAAGCUCCUGUCAUGAAUGCAACUAUGGUAGUUGAAAAGCCUAAAGUUCUUAAGCAGAUUGAAGAUAAACAUGAAUCAGAAAAUUAUAGAACUCCGCCACCUACUAAGAAAGGACAAAUAAAGGAAAUUUUCAGCCCGUACGAUAAAACUUCUCUUAAAAAGAAAGUUGAAGCGUUUGAAAAGCUUGGAAGCUCAUCAAAUAUUUUGGAAAGUGCUUCAAAAAUUCCAAUAAGGGAAGAUGCAAACACUGAUCCAGUAAAAAGUAAACAGUAUACACCAUUCACAAACAAAUUUAUGCCAAAAACUACUAGUACUUCUCUGAAGAUGAAUAGACUCGUUUCAUGUAAUUCUACGAGUAAGGAUACCAGUGUAUCGAUGAAAUCUUUGAGCGCUCUAAAAGCUUCACAGGCGGAGUAUCGUGAAUUAGAGAAAAGAAGACAGGAAAAAGAGAAAGAAGCACAGUUGAAGAAGGAAGCGCUGCUUCUGGCUCAAGCCGAAGAGAAAAGACGAAAACGAGAGGAAAAACAGUUAAAGGCUCAGCAACAACGCGAUAUGAUUCAAAAGGAAAGAGAAAAGCAAUUGGAGAUUCAAAAGUUAAAAGAAGAAAAAUAUAAACAGGCAGUUGCGGAAAAAGAAGAAAAGUUGCAGAAGAUGAAAGAAGAAGCUGAGAAAAAACGUCUGCUGGCUAAACAUAAAGCUAAAGUAGCCAAGGAGUCACAGUCAGCGGAGGAAAAAACAAUAGAAAACGAAAGAAAUCUCGAUAAAGGAAAAACAAAAAGGGACCAAAACGAUAACAAACCUAUUUACAUGACGACGAGACCCCCUCUUCUUCCCACAGAUGACUGUUUUGAUUCAGAUGAUGAAGAAUAUCGAAAUAAAAAGUAUAUUAAACCAAGAUGGAGCAGAGACGACGUAUUGAAGAGACAGUUAUACGUUCAGUUAAAAGCAGGAGAGAAAAUAAAAAAUACACUGUUCUGCUGUCAAACACACAGUCCUGAUCUGAUAGACAUUUUUGAAACAAUAGACCCCAAGAAAUUGAAGAGAACUUCCAGCGCAAUAUGGAAGAAACCCCCCCGAUACACCUUAUUCUCAACGACUAGCGAUAUCCACUUCAGUGAAGACUCAGACUGCAGUCUAAAUGUUUAAAUUAACAAAACUUCGUUCAUAUAUUUAAUAAAAUGGUUUCAAAGAAGAGGUUAUGAAUGUUUCAAAAAACACGUCUGUUAACGUGUUAAGUCAUUAUUUAUUUUUACUCUCCGUUUUCGCGUACAGCAGCGCUUAAAUUGAUUUUUGUGUAUCAGUGAUCGUAUUGAAACAUUUGUGCGUACUGUAUAUUUCUACUAUAAUAUUUUCUGGCUAAUUUAAGCGGAUAAUAUUUUUAGGUUAUAUGUACAUAUUUUUGUUUUAUUAUGAAAUUUUAGAACAGUUUUUACAUUUUUUACAACUUAGAGAGUAAUAAAAGUUGCAAAGAGUUUUUAAA